UCGCAUUUGAGUGCUGAAAUACGACUACGGUCUCAAAUGUCAGCUUCACCACCACCAACAACACUAUGGCAACAACAACAGCAGCAGCUUCCAUUUCCAAAACCCUAGCGAGAAAGCUCUACUCUGGUGGACCCAUCCAUUUGAAGUUGGUCCCACGAGAACCAUCGUUGUCUUUCUUCUCCACUUCCGCUGCUCCUGCCAUAUCAUCUGUUCCGGAAGAGCCUCCAUCGACCUCAGCUUCUCAACCUCAAGAACAGAAGGGAGGGUCAACAUGGUCAAACCUGCUGCUUUUUAUUCCCGGAGCUCUCACUUUUGGCCUUGGCACUUGGCAGAUUUACAGAAGAGAAGAAAAGAUGAAAAUGCUGGAUUAUAGGAAGGAUAGAUUGGGCUUGGAACCUAUUAGGUGCAACAACACUGCCCUUUCUAGUGAAAAGUUGGAUUCUUUGGAGUUCAGGAGGGUGGUAUGCAAAGGGGUUUUUGACGACAAGAAGUCAGUUUUUGUGGGGCCGCGUUCCAGAAGCAUUUCGGGGGUGACUGAGAAUGGAUACUAUCUCAUUACUCCUCUUGUGCCAAUCCCCAGCAUUGCUGAGAGUCCAACUAAAAUGUUACCAUCGGCAAUUCUAGUCAAUAGAGGAUGGGUUCCAGCCAGUUGGAGAAACAAGGCUUUAAAAGUUUCACAAGAUGAUGAACAACCUGCAAGUGUGCCAUAUCCCUCUGCACAAAAGUCUGGAAGAAGUUCAUGGUGGAGAUUUUGGUCUAAGCAGCCUAAUGUUAUUGAGAUUGAAGUUCCAGUGGUUGCUCCUGUGGAAGUUGUUGGAGUGGUUCGUGGAAGUGAGAAGCCUAGCAUAUUUGUUCCAGCAAACGAUCCGAGCUCCUUUCAGUGGUUCUAUGUUGAUGUCCCUGCAAUUGCUCGUGCUUGUGGACUUCCUCAGAAUACACUCUACAUUGAAGACGUUAACGAAAAUGUCAAUGCCAGUAACCCGUACCCUGUUCCAAAAGAAAUUAAUACAUUGAUCCGCAGCUCUGUGAUGCCUCAGGACCAUCUCAACUAUACAUUGACAUGGUAUUCUUUAUCGGCUGCAGUAACAUUUAUGGCUUUUAAGAGGCUAAAGCCAAAAAAGCGCCAUAGGUAGCAAAUAUUCGCUGUAAGAGAUUUAGCUUUCACAAAUCUUCAUUAUACAUUCAACUUUUUGAUUCAGGAGAAUAAGGAGUGGUCAAGUCAAUGUAGCGGGCCGCCCUUGUCAAAUUGAGUUUAAUUUUAUUAGUUAGCAUCAGUGUUGUUUGUCCAUUGUUGCCAUGGCUCCACUGCUGAUUUUACCCGCGGAAUUCCUGUUAUAGGAGAAGCUGAUUAAGUUGAAUUAUGAUGGGUAUACAUUUUCCAGGUGAAUUCAUUUUCCCAUGAAGGAUGUCAGUUAUUCUAGUAGAAUUGUUUUCGAUAUUUCUGUUGGCACAAAGUAUUUGACGAUCAAUGU